UUCUUAGUCCCACAGCAGUCCGGGGAAUGUUGAGUCCGAUCCCCGGGCGAUAAGUUGGGGGGGAGAUGGCGGCUGCUCGCGUGGAAUACAUCACUCCCUGGUGGGUUUACUGGCUCCACAACCUCCCGCACCUGGAGCUUUCCCUGCAGCCCAGGAGCAGCGACUUCAACCCCACGGACCCCGGCUAUCAGCAGUCAUUGCUGUUUUGGGCUCUGCUCAUUGCUAUCUGUGCGGCCAUCAACCUCCUGUUCCUCACCAUCUACUUGAUCUACUUCUGCUGCUGCAAGAAACAUGAAGAGACAGAAAUCAAGAAGACAAGUUCCUGUUGCGUCACAUGGACUGCGGUCAUCUCUGGCCUGCUUUGCUGUGCUGCCGUGGGCAUCGGAUUUUAUGGGAAUAGCGAAACAAACGAUGGUAUUUACCAACUGACCUAUUCCCUUGAUAAUGCAAACCACACACUGGCCGGGAUCGACUCUCUGGUUUCCGGAACCAGCUCGAAGAUGAAGGAGGGACUGGAUCAGCACCUGCUGCGUCUCAGCGAGAUCUUUGCCGUCAAGGUGGAUUAUGUGCAGAGCUUGAGGAUAAUGCAGAGGAUGGCGGGGAACAUAAUCCAGCAGCUCGCCAGUCUCCCCAACUGGCAGGGGACCAGCGUCAACCUCUCUGAGAUCGCAAGGCAGACCAGCUUCAUCGAAUACUACAGGUGGUUGUCGUACCUGUUUCUUUUUAUCCUUGACUUGGUCAUCUGCUUCGUCACCUGCCUGGGACUGGCCAAACGCUCCAAGUGUCUUCUCAUUGCGAUGCUAUGUUUUGGGUUGGCGACUCUAACGCUGAGCUGGGCAUCUCUGGCGCUUGAUACCUCCACCGCUGUCGGUACCAGUGAUUUUUGUGUGGCUCCUGACAAAUUUAUCAUGAACAUGACGCAGGAUCAAGUCAGCGCCGAAGUCGUCCGUUACUAUCUAUACUGCAGCCAGAGUCUUAAGAAUCCAUUUCAGCAGGCUCUCACUAGUUUCCAGCGCUCGCUCUCCACCAUGCAAAUUCAGAUCCAGGGAUUACUUCAGUUUGCUGUGCCUAUAUUUCCAACAGCUCAGAAAGAUCUCUUAGGAAUCCAGCUUUUGCUGAACACGUCUGAAUCCAACCUGCACCAGAUCACAGCACUGCUGGACUGCAGAGGGCUUCAUAAGGACUACCUGGAGGCUCUGAUUGGAAUGUGCUACGACGGGGUGGAAGGACUCUUGUACCUUGGGCUGUUCUCCCUUAUGGCAGCGUUGGCGUUUUCUGCAAUGGUGUGCGCUGCCCCGAGAGCUUGGAAUCUUCUGGCCUCCAGUGAUAGAGAUUAUAACGACAUUGAUGAAGAGGACCCCUUUAAUCCACAAGCCCAACGCAUCGCCGUGCAUAACCCGAACCGUGCGCAGCUCAGGAGCUUCUGCAGCUACAGCAGCAGUUUAGGCAGCCAGGUCAGCCUGCAGCCGCCUUCGCAGACAAUCUCAAACGCCCCCGUCGCAGAGUACAUGAACCAGGCCGCUCUGUUUGGGGGUAACCCUCGCUAUGAGAAUGUCCCUUUAAUCGGAAGGGGAUCCCCUCCCCCCACGUAUUCUCCAAGCAUGAGGGCCACGUAUCUGGCGGUGAGCGAUGAACCUGCGCCUAUUUACGGGAAUCAGUACCCAGCGUGAUCCCACCAGCCCCAGGCUGCCCUCCUCUGCCCGGACUAUGCAUUGGGUGACUUCCAGAUCCACUACUACUGAGGAAGCCAAUCAGGAUCAGGGGAGAGACAUUAUUUAGAAGCUGGUUGACCAACCAUAGACCAGCAUCUCCAUUAUAAGCCUUUGUUCUAAAGUGACGCGGAGCUGUAAUGAACGCAGAGAUGUCCGUGGGUCACGCCGGGACCAUUCUCGGAAAGACACUUGUUCUGGACUCCUUCUGGAUGGAGAACGAUUUCCCGUUAUCUCCUCUGUGGCCAAGUAGCGCUCGAGCCUGCUGAUGCCGCGAGGAGGAUUUUUCU